GCGACAGUAGUAACCAGACGCAUUUUCCAUUUCACUCGCUGUCCCAUGAUCACCCGACAGUUUGCAGCCGUGGUCGCUGCGUUCAUGGCCACCACGUCUCUCGCCAGCUCUGUGGCGCGCUUGCCGCUGACGAUGACGCCACAUGGCCUCUCUUGGGAAUGUACCGGCAACGUCACGCUCAACAACACGGUGUACGCUGUUGUGCCCGAUACAACGACGACGGCCGUCACCGUUCCCGGUGUCGCGGCGUCGAGCGCCUUUAGCAUCGGUAGCAGCAGCGUCGUUGCUACUACAACGUCCUUUGGCAACGACGGUCGCCUCGGCCUCGGUCGACCGACCACCAACACGUCGGGGCUCCACGGCGUCGACUCGUUCACCGUGUACCUGGCACCGACGCAGAGCGCGGUCGUAUUCAACGGUCUCGACGACGCCUACCAUGCGCAAGCGUCCUUGACGCCCGUGUUAUUACCGCUGUUGUUGCUACCCACGCCGGUGUGGACGGUCGCCAUGUCGAGUCUCGCGUUCGAAGCCGGCGCACCCGCGGCCGCCUGCGCCAACACGCUCUGCCCCGUCGCCCUCAACGCGACGCACCCGACCAUUCAAAUGCCAAGAAGCCUCUUGCUCACGAUGGCAGCGCGGUAUCUCUCAACGUGCGCUAUGGUUGAUGGCCUCUACGUAUGUCCGACCACGGUCGCCUUGCCGACGCUCCGCUUUACACUGGGCGACCCAUCAACAACUUUCCUUUUGACACCGGAGCUCUACACGGACGCCGGACGACGACGACUGCUGUUGAGCGACGGCGAGAGCAACGAGUGGAUCUUGGGUCUUCCCUUCUUCCAGCGUGUUCCAAUCACAUUCUCUAUUGCGGGCCGGUCCGUCACCUUACACUGUCCACCGGGUAGCGUCCGCGUGCGGCCACUCGAUGCUAAAGCGACGACGUCGGCGUCAUCUUUAGGCAAUCAAGCCCCGUCGUGGGCGGUGACGCUUCUUCUCGUGGUCUCGGUGCUCAUGCUCGCAGUGAGCGCUUGGUUUAUCAAGGCGUUCCGCGACCACAAAGUGAGUCUCCAACGCCGCUUCUCGGUCGAGUCGACAUGCCUCGAGAGCCCGUCGUGUAUUCUCGUCACCACGCCGUGA